UUUUCCCCCCUCUCUCACUCUGGGCGCUGUGUUUUCUAGAGCGCGUCGCGAGGAUAUGGAAGAUGGCGAGCGCGGAGACAGCGGCAGAGCACGAGCGAAUCCUGCGUGAGAUUGAGAGCACAGACACUAACUGCAUUGGACCGACGCUCCGGUCUGUUUAUGAUGGACAGGAACAUGGACUCUUCAUGGAGAAACUGGAGGGGCGGAUCCGCAACCAUGACCGUGAAAUUGAGAAGAUGUGCAACCAUCACUUCCAGGGCUUUGUGGACUCCAUUACUGAGCUGCUCAAAGUGCGCGGAGAAGCCCAGAAACUUAAGGGUCAGGUGACCGAGACCAAUCAGAAGUUACAAAAUGACGGCAAGGAGCUCCUGACGUCAAUGGAUGAACUGAGACAGUGCCGUCUGCAGCAGAGGAAUAUUGCCACCACCAUUGACAAACUCACACACUGCUUACCAGUGUUGGAGAUGUACAGCAAACUGCAGGAACAGAUGAGAGCCAAACGAUACUACCCAGCUCUACGAACCCUGGAACAGUUGGAGGAGAGCUGUUUGCCUCAAGCGGGAUCAUAUCGUUUCUGCACCAUCAUGGCAGAGAAUAUCCCACGUCUGCGCACGCAAAUCAGAGACGUCUCCAUGUCUGACCUCAAAGACUUCCUGGAGAGCAUCCGCAAGCAUUCGGAUAAGAUCGGAGAAACUGCCAUGAAACAGGCACAGGUGCAGAUCGCUCGUGACAAUGCAGUGACAUCACAGCAGCGGUCAGCGAGUGGACGGAGGAUACGGAAGGAAGCGUGCUCAGGCACAGAGGUGGACAGAAAUAAAAGCAACCCCUUCACGGAACAGGAUUCUGGGAUAUUGGAUGUGGAGGAUGCAGAGCAAGAUGAGAUUCCUGGUGCGCAGGACUUGGUGGACUUCUCUCCUGUGUAUCGCUGUUUACACAUCUACACUGUAUUGGGUGACCGGGACACGUUUGAGAACUACUACAGGAAGCAGCGGCGGAAACAGGCCAGACUUGUGCUGCAGCCUCACUCUAACAUGCAUGAAACGUUAGACGGAUACAGGCGCUACUUCAAUCAAAUUGUUGGAUUUUUUGUAGUGGAGGACCACAUCUUGCACACCACGCAGGGCCUGGUAAACAGGGCUUAUGUGGAAGAAUUGUGGGAGCUGGCUCUUUCCAAGACUAUUGCAGCCUUGCGUACUCAUUCAUCUUAUUGCACUGAUCCAGACCUGAUUUUAGAUCUGAAGAAUCUCAUAGUGCUGUUUGCAGACACACUGCAGCGUUAUGGUUUUCCAGUAAACCAGUUGUUUGACAUGUUGUUGGAGAUGAGGGAUCAAUAUGGGGAGAUACUGCUGAAAAAGUGGAACCAGUCCUUCAGGCAAAUCUUGGAUCAGGACAACUACAGCCCCAUUCCCGUGGCGUCCCCUGAGGAAUACCAGCGGAUCGCAGGCCAAUUCCCUUUCCAGGAUCCAGAGCUCGACAAGAUGCCUUUUCCGAAGAAGCUGCCAUUUUCUGAAUUUGUGCCUAAAGUAUACUCACAACUCAAAGAAUUCAUCUACGCCUGUUUGAAAUACUCUGAGGACUUGCACCUUAGCUCCACAGAAAUUGAUGACAUGAUCCGUAAGUCUACAAAUCUCCUGCUCACACGAACCCUUAGCCACUGCCUACAGUAUGCCAUAAAGAAGAAGAACGUAGGACUGGCAGAGUUGGUUCAGAUCAUCAUCAACACCACUCACCUGGAGCAGUCCUGUCACUACCUAGAAGAGUUCAUCUCCAACAUAACCAAUGUGCCUCCUGACACCAUUAAUGCAACCAAACUCUACGGGACCUCUACCUUCAAGGAUGCAAGGCAUGCUGCUGAAGAGGAGAUCUACACUAACCUGAAUCAGAAGAUUGACCAGUUUCUGCAGCUGGCUGAUUAUGAUUGGACGGCAACACAGGGAGGCGGACAAGCUAGUGACUACCUGAGUGACCUCAUCGCUUUCCUCUGUAGCACCUUUGCAGUGUUCACUCACCUGCCUGGCAAUGCUAUAGAGCACGCCAUGCUACCGGGGAAGGUGGCUCAGACAGCAUGUAUGUCAGCCUGUAAACACCUUUCCACCUCACUGCUGCAGCUGCUGUUGGAGGCUGAUGUCAGGCAAGUGUCUAUGGGAGCCCUGCAGCAGUUUAACGUGGACGUCAAAGAGUGUGAGAGGUUUGCCAGGGCCGGCCCGGUGCCUGGCUUCCAGGGGGACACUCUGCUGCUCGCCUUCAUCGACUUGAGACAAUUACUGGAUCUCUUCACUCAGUGGGACUGGUCUACGUAUCUGGCUGACUACGGCCGACCCACCUGCAAGUACCUGCGAGUCAAUCCUCACACGGCUCUGGCCCUUCUAGAGAAGAUUUCUCGAUCGAUGAAGGACACCAGCCGCAAGAACAACAUGUUCGCUCAGUUCCGUAAAAACGAUCGGGACAAGCAGAAGCUCAUAGACACCGUUGUCAAACAGCUGAAAAAUCUCAUCGCCACCAACCAAGCCUGAGAAAGCCAACACAUCUGCAGACGGCCCGCGUCCUGAUGACUUGCCACCAUCAGAGCCUGCGCUUGCUCGCCUCCAUUAGUUGGACACACCGUUCUUUUAACACACAGGACUGGCACACACACAUAUUAAUGCACCUGCUAAACCAUCCCGUGCCUGUAUGAUAAGGUGUCCAUGUCUUCCUGUGUACUACCUGAACACAUUAAGGGCACCAAAUCACAUUUUGUUCUUUGAAACCGGUUUUGGUUGUGUUUUCUUCUUUUGUCACACUAACUUCCUGUCGCACAAUUUGAAUUGCCUUUACAGUAGUUCUAAAGAAUUAUUUAUCUUGUUUUUGAAUUUGACAACUACAGCUACACUGUAAUGUGAAUAUUACUUAAAUUGCUGCAAAGUUAAAGGAAAUUGGAACACUAACUAGGCUUGCUGUCAUAAUUUGUCAAGGGAUAGUUCACCCAAAAAUUAAAGUUCUGUCUUUUUUUUUUUUUUUACUCACUCAAUUUGUUACAAACCUCUACGACUUACUUUCCUCUGUGGAACAAAUACAGUAAGAAGAUACUUUGAGAAAUGUCUCAGUAUUUUUGUUACCAAUCAUCUUUAAAAUAUUUUCUUUUGUGUUCUCCAGAAGAAAAGGUCAACUUGAUGGUGAAUAAUCGAUGACGGAAUUUUCAUUUUGGGUGAACUAUCCCUUUAUAUAAAUGAAUAUUCUCACCGAUGGGUCAAGGGUUCAUUUAAGUGUGGAGAUCUCAAUACAGGGAAUCCAGUUACUGCCCUUGUUAAAUAUUUCAUGCAUAGUAAUUAUAUACUAGACAUACUCCAGCUUCAGUCUGUUACAGCCAAGAUGUAGAUUAUAGCUUAAUACCUUAAAGAAUGACCGUUGUGUGACAGCUUUGGCGAUGAUUAGUUUAGUAUCGUCACAAAAACGACCAGGUUGAGACGUUUUUGAUUGGACUUCCAAUAUGCAGAAUAGAGGCUUAUGUCUCUUGUAUUCAUUGAUUGCAUAGCAUUCAAUGCGAGAACUGACUGAAGAUGUGUAAUGUAGGGAAACCUUCUAUAAUGUCAAAGAGAUAAUGACAUUUAUACAAGAGCACAUUUCUACAGUCGUCCGAGUUUAUGUACACUGCUGUACAUUUAAUAUAAAUGGCUUUUAGUAUUUAAACAGUGACAUCUUGCCAUAACUUUGAUAUUUUCCCUGAUAGGAAUGAGGGUGCAAUAUUAUAUUUUGUUUUCAAAUUGAACUGAGGGAUUGUUUUGUUUGUUUUUGUUUAAAGGGAGUUUUCUUUUUCUUUCAUUUUUAUUUUUACUUGCACAAAAGUUGCGUGUCUGGAGCCUGUCCCUUACAGUAGAUGCAAAAUCAUUAAACUACAAAGGGAAUUCUUCAAUUUUAGGGACAGAACCAGUGCCAUGAACAGUUUUCUGGAUUCAGCUCUUCUUGUCUGUGCCUUGACUUUUUUUCCAUGCCAAUAUUUGAUUUGUGCGUUUUCCGCGCAGCACCUGGCCUUGGACGUGUGACCGGGGAUUGGAUCGGCGUUGGUGUGUGAGAGCAAGCGUGCAUGAGAACAUUCAGCCUUAACAGACAGCUCUGAUUGUAGAGAACAGUCGAGAGAGAGAUGCACUGUACAGAUUGUUAUAUUAAACCACUAAUGAAUAUUACAAUACUAAUAAAUUCAGCAAAUGCCAACAAAUAUGUAAUAAAUCAA